AUCAAAGCAAUAAAUAACCACCGGCACUUUGCUUAUAGCGUUUGACGUGUCUUAAAAUUAAAAAUUAAUACAGACACAGCAGUUCAUGCAAAUAUGCAUUGGGCGAACAUUUUCAGUUAAGAGCUGUGAUUAUGGCUGCUGUUUUCCGUGUGGGCAUUGUACGUCUCUGCGGGCGUAAUGCCGCUCCUGCAUUGUUGAACACUCAGGCGGCUUCGCCGAUGGCGUUGACGCAGAAGGCAACUAUUAUGGGCAAAUCGAUGCGCGGUGGUCCACGCGUACCUCGGGAACCACCAUAUCCCUACAAGGAAAAGCGUUACACCGUGCUGAAUUCGUUUUUCGAUAAAACUUCGAAACGCAUGGAUGAAAAUUCAAAAGUUAUCUGCGUUGAAGGUCCAAUUGGCGCCGGUAAAAGCAAGUUUGCCAAAGAGCUUGCAGAUGAGUUGGAAAUGUGCUAUUUUCCGGAAGUAAACAUGGAUUUGAUUUAUAUUAAUUCAUAUGGCUAUGAUAUGCGUAAAUUGGAUCCACAACUGCCGGAGCUCUGCCGCUCGUAUGAUGUAUCAAACUUCUGCCGUGAACCCAAUCAUCCUCUGGCGGCACAAUUCCAGAUACGCAUGUACAUGCUGAGAUACUCGCAGUACAUUGAUGCCUUACAACAUGUACUUUCCACCGGCCAGGGUGUUGUUUUGGAUCGUAGUUGCUAUUCGGACUUCGUGUUCCUGGAGGCUAUGCAUAAAAAUGGUUAUAUCUCACGCGGCGCUCAUUCCGUAUAUCACGAAAUCCGUCAAAAUACCAUUAACGAACUGCUUAAACCGCAUUUGGUUAUCUACUUGGACUGCCCCGUCGAUGCUGUGAAGCAACGUAUAAAGGCACGCAAUAUUGACUACGAAGUCAAUUCGAAAGUUUUCAACGACACCUACUUAAAGGAUCUGGAAACGUUCUAUAAACAGCAUUUCCUCAAGGACAUUAGCACUCACGCCGAAAUCUUGGUAUACGAUUGGACUGCUGGUGGUGAGACCGAAGUAGUCGUUGAAGAUAUUGAACGUAUCGAUUUCGAUCAAUUCGAAGUUGAUCACCACAAUAAGAAAAUGAAGGAUUGGCGUUUUCCACUCGAGGCAGAAUGGUGUGAGGCUCGCAUCAAGUUUUGCAAUGAGAAAAACACUUUGAUGAACUAUUUCAAUGUGCCACGUUACGACGUGCCCGAAUUGGUACGCGAUGCGGAGAGUAGCAAAAUUUGGCGUGAUGUGUGGUAUAAUGCGCCUGGUAUGAAGUAUCGUGCUGGCUACAAUGAGGAUAUGGGAGACAACGGCUUGCUCACCAAAACUGCGAUGGGUGUCAACCAGCCAAUCUAAUUAUUAAUUAUUUGUUAGUAAAAUAUGAAAAUAAAUAAAAUAUAACGGUACGAAGAUCAACGUGGAUUGCAUCGAAGCGAAAAGGAAAAUUAAA